UUAUUUCUCUCUCUUUCUCCCCAAAUCCAAUCCAAUGGCUUGGCGCGAGAUCUACCUAUAUAGCUCGUGCUCGUCGCAAUUUUCUCCUCUUUUCUCUCUCCGCCUUCUUCCAUGGCCUCGUAUCUCUCUCUGCAACUCCUUCGUUUCCGCACUCAAUCGGAAUCUUCUAGUUACCUGCCAAACUUCUACAGAAAGGAUAUCCGAUAUAGUUGGGCUCUGAAAGGUGACUCUUCGGAUAGACUUCUAUUUGCACGUGGUUACUCGUGUUUGCAGCCAUCGCGAAGUUUCCUUUCUAGAGCGGUAUCGCCCAGUCUUUCCUCUACUGAAUCUGGUGAAAUCGGCAACAAGGACGAGUCUGCCAUUUAUCAGGCUCAACAUGACGACUUUGAAUUUAAUCGGGUCAAUUGUCUUGGCUGGGUAUUACAUGAAUCUGCUAGGAGCUUUUCCCUUGCGAUUCAGGCACAUGAGUUGGCCAGAAGUGGUCCAGCAGCUGCAUUGGCAUGGUCUGGUGUUGAUGUUCAAUCAUGGCAUAGAUACCUGGCAUACCAGGUUGCAGUCUAUGCAUUAUUGGAAGCAGCGAUCGAAGUGGAGGUGUUUCUAUCUCAGAAACCUUCUUGCAAUUCUUCCCCUGUCCGUGACAUCUUGUCAGCAAAGACCAACUAUCUUGCAGAGUGCAUUGAAAGUCAAUUGAGCAUGAAGCAUCCAAAACUGGUACAAUGGUUCAAGGUGGUGGAAUUACCACGUAUAGCUGGACUAUUCAUACCUUUAUUCAAGAAGUGGUCUAUGGAGUAUUCAAGAAGUGGUGUUGCAGGAAUUAUUCUCGCUAUAAGUUGCUGUGCUGCAGUACGGAAAUUGGGCCCUGGGCGUCUUUCGUGUCCCAUGUUCUCUGUGUCAAUUGAGGAUGUGUUCAUUGAGCUAAUGGAUUUUUCCCACAGGAUUGUUUCAGUUAAUAAGUUACAUCAGCUUGGGAUUGAAGCAGGAUUUGAAGAAGACUUUCUGCAGCAUUUUGGUUCUAGGGUUCUACCCAGUACAGAUAUUAAAGAGCUAGAAUUCUGGAUUGGAUUGGUUCAGGAGAAACUUUGUCUAGCACUCCACAGAGAAAGUGUUAUUUCUGGCCACAGAAGCUUUUCUGACAAGAUCCACGAGAACAGUUUGGCAACUCUUGGACUCUUCGCAUUUCUGGGCAGGGAGACCAGACUAUUUUUGUCAGAAAUGGGCAUAGAGGAUCUAGAUGAGCAGGUUAAAGACUUGCUCAGUUAUCUUGAAUGUGGUAGCCUCUUCAUUUACUCUGAGUUUUCUUCUCUGUCAGCAUAUCAGCUUUUCAUGGAGGUAGUUAAUGAUGAAAUUGGAUGGAUUGACUUCUACGCCGCUUUCCGUUCAAUGCUCAAUCAAGAUAGAAGAAAAACGUCCAAACAUGCCUUUCAAGCUGAGAAAGAAAUAAUUCUAGCUACCGUUUUCACUGUAUGCAGUGAUGUUUUCUUUGGGUUUGCUCAUUUUAUCAAGUCAACAAAGCAACCCUUAGAUGCAAACCUGCUCCCCUUCUUACGUAGGAGUCAGAACUUGCUUUCGAUUUGUCUGGAGGACUACUGGGCUGCAUAUGAUAGACCAGGUGCAAUGCCAAGAACUUGGGGAAAGGUUGAUUUUGGAUCAUCUCUCUCUCCACAAACAAAAAGUGGAACGAUUUUGUCUGAUGUACUUGAAACACAGAAGAAACCUAUCAACAUCAUAAGGAGCCAAGAUGAGCAAACAGUUUCUCUACUGACAAAGGUGCAGGCUAUCAGCCCGGAGGUGUUAGACCCUGUAACACUAGACAUGGAUUGUUAUGCUGAGGCAAAAGCCUUCCGAAACGAAUUACUGAGAAUAUCCACCAUGAAGAUGGUAUCUGCAAGUAUGGAAUUAUGGAUGGGUACUCAGUUACUCUUCAUUGACAUCUUGGAUGCUACAAGACUCAUUAUGAAGCAAUUUCAUGGCCACAAAAUCACAAGGAGGGAGAGAAAGAAGAUUGAAAGAACUCUAGCUGAUAUUGUGACACUUGUUCCUGUUACAAUAUUAAUGCUUCUCCCUGUAUCUGCAGUUGGGCAUGCAGCGAUGUUUGCGGCAAUCCAGAAGUACAUGCCAUAUUUGAUCCCAACUUCUUAUUCUCCUGAGAGACUGGAUGUUGUGAAACAACUAAAGAGAACCAAGAAGAUGGAGGUUCAGUCAUGGUGCAGCAUAGAAGAUUCCUCUUCCUCUUCCAUGGUACAAUAAUUAUCAUCAUUUCAUUAAUCAAUGUAUUCGGCUGAUAACCCACCAUAACUGUAAAUAUGUCUCACAAAUAUUGUACAUAUGAUCAAGUUCACUUUCCUAAUCUGUCAACCAUCUUUGACAUUAAUGCCCUUUUGAGUACAUUACUACUGUUCAUAUCAUGUAUAUACACCCCUUUGUUUUAGGGCUUGUUUGUAGCUGAAAGUUGAUGUUUCUGCCCUUGAA